AUGGAACCCAAUGUCAUUGAUCUCGAUGGUAUCACCCCAAGUCUACCCAAUGCAUCAAGGAGGGUGCGGGGAAGGACCAACUCCAAGGCGGAUGCAAAGCGCAAGGCUUCCUCGCAAGAGGUUGUGCAGAUGAUCAACACAUUUGUAGCCGACAAGGAGGUGUCAACGCUUAUCCCCUCAAUGCUUUACACCGACAAGCCCGCGCCUUGCACUUCUGCCGGUCUGAGGUCUACUCUGCAGAUCUUUUCAGUCAAAGUGGUGGGAAUAAAAGAAAGUUUACACUGGCCACUAGAUGUGUAUGGUAUUGUUGCCGCGCGUGAUUGUUUGGAUCACAAUCGCAAUGUUAUCUUCAGUCGGGAAAGGGAUAAUUGCCAAACCAUCACCGAAGAGGAUCCCAUUCUGGAACUGACAGGGCCUACCCGUGCUGUUGUGUUGUUGGAUCCUGUGAACUUCGAGGUUAAUCUGAAACUGAAAGGCACAAGUGAAUCAGAGGAUCAAGAUUUAAGCUUUCUAGACGUGCCGUACAGGAACUGUGCGAUUGGGAGUCGUUCGCGCCUGAUUAGUCGUGUCCUCACUAGCAAGCUUUGCACAGUGGAGUUGACGUUAGGCCACAUUGUUCGCUCUGUGGAGGCUACCAUCAGUGUGAAAGUCUUAGGCGGUUCAUGGCCAGAUGGUUUUCAAGGCGUCUUUGCUGCCAAUACCGCCAGUAUAGAUCACAAGGAAGUCAUACUGCUCGCAUUUGGAGAUGGCGCAUUGCCUGUUACCGCCGAUGGCAUGAUCAAGCUUUCACGCCGUGUUGCUUCUGUUGAUGUUGAUGGAGAACUGAAAGUGUCUGCUGUGGCAGGAUGUCAAAAUGAGAAGCUGGCUGUUGAGAGUGAUAAAAUAGGUUUUGAACCUAAGGAAGCUGGUAGAAGCCGUGGUAUCCUGAAGGUUGCCUUCUGCGAGAUGGAAGUCAUUGUCGCCUGGUCCCUUCUACCGUUUUCUCCAUUUUUCCGUAAAUUACCCUGCAACAAUGAUGCCAGCAGCAGCCCAUUGGAGUUCGUGUCUGCUUUACUUUAG